CCGAUCCAAACAGCCUCAAAUCUCUCCAUUCUGACUUCUGCCCCAGCCGUCCCUCACAAGGGGCCUGUCUGAUCGGCAAACUCCAUCGCGUCACGAUCGCACGAGCUCGGUGCGCAUCGAGUUUCACACGUAGAGAGUCCGCACUCACCGUCUCUCACGUCUGGUCGGCCUCGUCUUCUCCCGCCAUCCACGCGUCGCGCGCUCCGUUGACGACGAGCGGCCCCGUCGUUCGCCCGUGCGCCACGUGUCUCUCGUUCCACUGGGAGCCAGCAGCCCUUUGAGUGGGGUCCACAGUUCGCGGUGCGCGGUGCACCAUCACUAGCUCCACUCGACCCUCUCUGCUUGCAGUCCCGGCGUGGACGCCGAUUGCGCCUGCCGGACCGUCGUCUAUACUAUUGUCGCCCCGUGGCGCGUCGCUGUCUGAAGGGUCAACGACCAGAGUCGCAAGGGGGUUUUCACCCGAUCCGCUUCAGCUUUGAGGGCUCGCUGAGCGCAGCCCCAUGGCGACCAAGAAGCAGUCGCAACCGGGCCUGCUGUCGUCGUUGCUAAAACCAGAUGUGACUGAGGAUCAGGACGGCUUCAAGGACAUCCUCUACUGGAUGCGGCAGGCCCUUGGGCUGCUCUUUGGCCUCGUCUGGGGCAUGGCCCCCAUCACAGGCGGCAUCGGGGUCAUUGGCUUCCUGGUGCUGAGCACGGCGCUGAUGAUGGGAUACUACACGCUGGUGGUGAAGGUGGAUGCGGACGAGAUGGGUGGCCACGGGGCGCUGCUGCAGGAAGGCCUUUUAAACUCCUUUGGGCUCUUCCUGCUCGUUUGGAUACUGCUCUUCACGUACCUUCAUGCCUCGUGAGCUGGCAAACCAGUCAUCCUGGAGAGCUGUUGCACUUCUACCCUGUAUUGGGCUUGACAAAAGCAUGAACAAUAUACGCAUGGAUGUUGGGAGUGUGACAACAUGUCUUCUGCCUUGCAGGGAAUCUGUACCAAAGCUAGCCUGUCUGAUGCAUGCUUUGAUGUUGCAGAUAACCAAUUGUAGGCUGGAAUAGCCAACCUCACGAUUGAUGUCUCAUAUGUCUCAUGCAGAGUGAAGGCUUUCAGCAAGAGUGUAUUCCCCUAUCAGCCCACUACCAGCAAAUUGGCAGCUUUCAAUGCGUCUCAGAGAAGGAAUCCAACGCAAUGUUUACCUACUUGUGAUCCGUUGAUUUG